AUGGGCCGCCCUUCGCUGCGGCCCCGCCGCCCCACAUUGCGGCCCCGCCGCCCAUCUUCGCGGCCCUGCCGCCCUUCGCUGCGGCCGUGCUACCCCUCGUCGCGGCCCCGCCGCCGUUCGCUGCGGCCCCGCCGCCCGUCUCAGCGGCCCCGCCGCCCUUCUUCGCGGCCUCGCCGCCCUUCGCUGCGGCCCCGCUGCCUCACGUUGCGGCCCCGCCGCCCUUCGCUGCGGCCCCGCCGCCCGUCUCAGCGGCCCCGCCGCCCGUCUCAGCGGCCCCGCCGCCCGUCUCAGCGGCCUCGCAGCCCGUCUCAGCGGCCCCGCCGCCCUUCACUGCGGCCCCGCCGCCUCUCUCGCUGCGGCCCCGCCGCCCUACUCAGCGGCCCUGCCGCCCUUCACUGCGGCCCAGCCGCCUCUCUCACUGCGGCCCCGCCGCCCUACGCAGCGGCCCCGCCGCCCUUCACUGCGGCCCCGCCGCCUCUCUCGCUGCGGCCCCGCCGCCCUUCUACUGCGGCCCCGCCGCCCUACUCAGCGGCCCCGCCGCCCUUCCCAGCGGCCAUGCCGCCCCUUCACCAGCGGCCCCGCCGCCCUACAUCGCCCGCGCCGCCCGAGCCGCCCGAACUGCCCGAGCCGCCCGAGCCGCCUGAGCCGCCCGAGCCGCCCGACCCUCCCGAGCCGCCCGAGCCGCCCGACCAGCACGAGCCACCCGAGCCGCCCGAGCCGCCCAAGCCACCCGAGCCAUCUGAGCCGCCCGAGCCGCCUGAGGAGCCGAGCCGCUGGUGCCACGGAGCCGCAGUUGGUGCUGUGCCGUCCGAGCAGCCGGGUUGCCGUGCUGCUGUACUGCUGAGCUGCCCGACCCGCCCUGCCUGUGUUUUCGCUUUUGACGCUGAGGGUCGAGCCAUUGACUUUGAGGUUUGGGUAGAUGACCUGCAGCUUUUCCUACAGUGCGAUAGGGCAGACGGUCUCUCCCUCUUUGACCUCACCUCUGGUGCUUCCCCUGCCCCUGCUGCUGAUGCCGACGCCACUGUUCGCUCCCAGUGGGCCACUCGCGAUGCUGCUGCACGUCUUGCUGUGCGUCGCCACCUGCCUACCACUGAGCGCGCGCACUUUAGUCAGUACAAGAGUGCUCAGACCUUGUACGACGCUGUAGUUGCACGCUACUCUUCCCCUGCCACUGCUACACUGAGCCGCCUCAUGCUACCGUACCUCUUUCCUGACCUUGCUGCCUUUCCCAUAGUCGCUGACCUCAUUACGCACCUCCGCACUAGUGACACUCGCUACCGCGCCGUGCUUCCUACUGAGUUCUGCGCCAAGAACCCCCCCCCCAUGUACAUCACUCUCUAUUAUAUAGUCACCCGCCUCCCUAACUCCCUUCGCGUAGUCAGGGACCACUUCCUCUCAGUCUGUCCCACCACUCUCACUGUUGACCUCUUAGAGAAGGCCCUCCUAGCAGCGGAGAAGAGCAUAGUCGCUGUAGGAGCCUCUCGUGGUGACCCUCCCACCCCCAUCUUUGAGGGGUGUUCCUCUUCCCCCCUGUUGCCCUCUGUCGCCUCUGCUGCUGCGGCCGACCUCGUUGGUCUUGAGUCGGUCGGUGCGGCGUCUGCCCCUAGUGGGAGACGCCGCUCUGGCAAGGGAAAGGGGGGCAAGGGCGCGAGUGGAGCUAGCGGGGAUGGUGGAGGUGGCGGUGGAGGCGGCGGAGGGAGUGGGGGUGGCGGUGGGAGUGGUGGCGGGGGUGGAGGUGGCGGUGGCAGCAGCGGAGGCGGAGGCGGCGGCGGCGGUAGCGGUGGGAGCGGAGGCGGCGGUGGUGGCGGAGGUGGAGGCGGCGGUGGUGGAGGAGGUGGAGCUGGUCCGAGUGGUGCUUCGCAGCGGAGCGGCUCCGGGGGUGGUCAGCGCCAGCAACAGCAGCAGCAGCAGCGUUCUCGGGACAUCCCCACUCCUCAGCAGCUCCGUGAGUGGUACACGCAGCGUCAGCGUGGUGGGGGUUUUGGCCCGUGCACCUACGUCCUUCGCUCCGGCGAGCGCGCGGGCGUAGCUAUCUAUGAUCUUGACUUUGAUGCUAUCCUUGCUGCCAUGUAUGCUGUGACUAUAAGUGAUGAGGGUGACUGUUACCGGUGUUUCCCGCCCGACCCGGGCAUUGGUACUGCUGCUCUAGGUGCUGGUGAGGCUGCUGCUCUAGGUGCCAGUGCGUCUGCGCCCUCAGGUGCUGGUGAGUCUGCGCUCUCAGGUACCAGGUCGGCUUCGGCCUCCCUCACCUUCACACUUGACUCCGGGGCUUCUCACUCCUUCUUUCGAGACGGCACCACACUCACGCCGCUUGGUCGGCCAGUUGCACCCCCUCUGGCACUUUGUCUGAGUGGUGCUGACCUGCAGGAUACGGGGGUUCACCAGUUUACUCCUGCGAGUCAACGGGUGACCCACUGCUCGGACGCUCGCACGGGCCGGCACCUGGCCACCUUUUUGCGUCGGCCGGGGUCGAGCCUCUACACCCUGACCACUGGGUCCCCUCCUGUCCCUGCUUCUGGCCAGGUAGCUGCGACGGGUCAGGUGUUUGCUGCAGCGUCCAGGUCUAGUCCUGAGUCUGCCCCCUGCUCGUGUCGCCUCCUGUCUCACGAGACUCUCCUGUGGCACCACCGUCUUGGUCACCCCUCCCUGCCUCGUCUCCGAGGCAUGGCUUCCCGUGUCCUUGUCUCUGGUCUUCCCCGGUCCCUCCCUCCCCUUCCUCCGGGGCCUUGUCCUUCCUGUGUCCCCUGUGUCGAGGGGCGGCUCCGGGCUGCCCCUCACUCCUCUCAGUUUCCCCCGACAGAGGCCCCGCUGCAGACGCUUCACAUGGACGUGUGGGGCCCAGCCCGCGUCCGUGGACAGGGUCACGAGCGCUACUUCAUGCUGGUGGUUGACGACUUUUCGCGUUACACCACAGUCUUCCCCUUGCGCAGCAAGGGUGAGGUCACUGAGGUGUUGAUCGACUGGAUCCGCGCAGCUCGUCUUCAGCUCAGGAGUAGCUUCGGCUCGGACUUUCCUGUUCUGCGUCUGCACUCUGACCGAGGCAGAGAGUUCUCCUCUGGCCUUCUGCGAGCCUACUGUCGUGCGCGAGGCAUCCGCCAGACCUUUACGCUUCCUGACUCUCCACAGCAAAAUGGGAUUGCUGAGCGCCGCAUUGGCAUGGUCAUGGACGUCGCUCGUACGUCCAUGAUGCAUGCGGCUGCCCCCCAUUUUCUGUGGCCGUUUGCGGUUCAGUACGCGGCGCAUCAGAUCAACCUUCACCCCAGGGUCUCCAGGCCAGAGACCUCCCCAGCCUUGCUGUGGACGGGGAAUGUCGGCGAUGCGUCUGAGUUCCGUGUCUCGGGAUCUCGGGCGUUUGUCCGCGACUUGUCUGCGGACAAGCUGUCCCCUCGUGCUGCUCCCUGUGUCUUCCUUGGCUUCCCCCCUGACGCGCCAGGGUGGCAGUUCUACCACCCCACCUCUCGUCGUGUUCUGUCCUCCCAGGACAUCACGUUCGACGAGUCAGUCCCCUACUACCGCCUCUUCCCCUACCGCACUCCUUCCCUCCCCCCGCCACCGCACUUCCUUGUGCCACGUCCCCCCACGGUAGACCCCCUCCCCCCUUCAGGUCCUGCCCCGGUAGACGCAGUCGAGCCGGUCGAGGUUGCUGGUGACUCUGGUACUGCUGCGGGUGCUGAGCCUGGGGGUGCUGACUCUGGGGGUGCUGCGCGCGUGGGUGCUGAGCCUGGGGGUGCUGAGUCUGGGGGUGCUGCGACUGGGGGUGCUGAGCCUGGGGGUGCUACGACUGGGGGUGCUGAGCCUGGGGGUACUGCGAGUGGGGGUGCUGAGCCCGGGGGUUCUACGACUGGGGGUGCUGAGCCUGGGUGUGCUACGUCAGGAGCUGCUGAGCCUGGGGGUGCUGCGUCUGGAGCUACUGAGCCUGGUGGUGCGGAGCCAGCGGCCGCUGGACCUGCUCGUGUGGCGUCUGGCGGUGCUGGGCCUGGAGGUUCUCCGGGUGCUUCGUCUCGGCGGGAGCCACUCUCUCCACAGGAGCUGCGCGAGUGGUUUGCCCGGCGCUGGAGGCGUACUGCUGGAGCUGGAGCUUCUUCGGCCGCUGAGGGUGCUAGUGCUGCCGGUCCCGGAGGUGCUCGUCCUGGGAGUGCUGGGGCUGCUGGGCCUGCGGGUACGACUGGAGCUGGAGCUGUUGAGGGUGUUGGCGUUGAGGCUACUGCUGUCCGUCCUAGCGGUGGUCCUGCUUCGGGUGCUGCUGGUACUGCUGGAGGUCCUGCAGCUGGAGGUGCUGUUGGCGCUGGUGCUGUCCCUGCUGUGUCUGGAGUCGCCGCGCGGCCUCGGCCGUACUUCGUUCCGCUCCUUCAGCAGGUUCUUGGUCUCCCGCCUUCUACUGGUCCUCCUCCUUCCUUAGAGUGUCCACAGCCUGUCCAGUCACAGUCACAGUUACCGCGCGCCUCCCCACUGCCUGCUCCCUCUCCUUACACUGGUCCUACUGGAGGUCUUGCUGAGCGUCGUGAGCCUGUUCGUGCUGCUCGCGCUAGUGGUCGCGGUUCGCGUCAGCGUCCUCCUCCUGUCCCUGGCACGCACUGGAUGUCUCUGCGUCCGUCCACUACUCCUCUGCGUGUCCCUUUGGCUUCUCCUCCUGAGUCCUCUCUUCCUGCGCUUGCCGACCCGGAGUCGGACUCUCUUCGUGCUGCCAGUCCUACCGUCACGCCUCUCCUUGCUACUGUUGUCACUGACCCCUCUUUUGAGUCCACUGCUGCGUCUGCUCUUGUUGCUGAGCUCGUCGACUUUGCUGCUCGCUGUCGUGUAGACUACGCUGCUAGUCUUGUUGCUGAGUCUGCGUCUGUCUGUCCUCCGUCCGUCGGGGGUGAGUGUGCUCUUUACACGGACGUCCUUGAGGACAGGCAGGAGGAGUUCCAGUAUCUGGCUGCUGCUUCACCUCAUCUGGCGUCCGUACUGCUUACCCCUGAGGGAGACCCGGAUGCACUAGACAUCCCGACUCCGCGCUCUUACGCGGAGGCCGUAGAGGGUCCCUACUCCUCUCAGUGGCAGGCAGCUAUGGAUGCACAGAUGGCUUCCUGGAAGUCCACAGGCACCUACGUUGACGCGGUUCCUCCUCCUGGGGCGAACAUCGUCAGUGGCAUGUGGAUCUUCAGGGUGAAGCGGCCGCCGGGCUCUCCACCUGUCUUCAAGGCGCGGUACGUGGCUCGUGGCUUUAGUCAGCGGCAGGAACGUGACUACGAGCUGCACUCCCUUGACUUCAGCACUGCUUUCCUGCAGGGUAACCUGAACGAGGAGAUCUGGCUGCGCCGCCCACCUGGCUUCACUGGGACUUUCCCUCCUGGCACCCAGUGGAGCCUCCGAUGGCCAGUCUACGGUCUCCGCCAGGCACCGCGCGAGUGGCACGACACACUGAGGACUACGCUUGCGGCUCUUGGGUUUGCUCCCUCUACUGCUGACCCGUCGUUGUUUCUGCGCACCGACACCUCUCUGCCGCCGUUCUACAUCCUUGUGUACGUCGACGACUUGGUCUUUGCCACAGCUGACACUGCUGGACUCGCCCACGUGAAGUCCGAGCUGCAAAAGAGACACACGUGCACAGACCUGGGUGAACUGCGCAGCUACCUUGGCUUGCAGAUCACUCGGGACAGAGCACGCCGCACCAUUACCUUGACUGAGUCACAUAUGGUGCAGCAGGUCCUUCAGCGCUUCGGCUUCACGUAUUCCUCGCCUCAGGCCACUCCUCUGUCUACCCGCCACUCGCUCUCAGCUCUGCCUUCGGAUGAGUCCGUAGAGUCGAGUGGCCCGUACCCAGAGCUUGUUGGCUGCCUCAUGUACCUGAUGACCUGCACACGACCUGACCUUGCAUACCCUCUUAGCAUUCUUGCACACUAUGUUGCUCCUGGGAGACACAGACGAGAGCACAUGGCUGCAGCGAAGAGGGUGUUGCGCUACUUGUGCAGUACGUCGGGCAUGGGGCUAGUGCUUGGAGGGCGGAGUCCAGUGGUUCUCACUCGGCACGUGGACGCUUCUUGGGCUGACGACCAGGCUACGCAGCGGUCGUCACAGGGUUACACCUUCAGUCUUGGUUCCGGCUCUGUUUCGUGGCGGGCUACUCGCUCGUCUUCUGUUUUCGGCUCCAGUUGUCAGGCUGAGAUUUAUGCCAGGGCCAUGGCUGCUCAGGAGCUUCGCUGGCUCACCUACCUGCUGACUGACCUUGGAGAGCCGCCUCGUUCUCCUCCAGUCCUGUACGUAGACAACAAGGCCAUGCUGGCCUUGUGUCGGGAGCAGCGCCUGGAGCACAGAACGAAGCACAUUGCUCUCCGCUACUUUCUUGCUCGUGAGUUGCAGCAACGUGGUCAGUUGCGACUUGCGUACGUGGCCUCUAAGGCCAACACUGCUGAUGUUUUCACCAAGGCACUUCCGCCUUGUGAUCAUCAGCGCUUCUGCACUCAGCUGGGUCUUGUGCCUGUCUUGCCUCACUUGCUCACCCCUUGA